AUGGAGGGUGCAUUUACUCACCUCGGAAACCACUUGAUCUCAGACUCUGCAGCUGCGAUCAAUGCAGGCGCCGACGACCUUUCGAACCUCGACCCGGACGAAAACCUUCUCUACGGGCAAUAUGGUGGACGGGGCGGCCUGGGACCUAGCAGAAGAAGAAACGACGACGAUGAUAAUGAGACCGAGGUCUUCGACGAUGAUGAUGCGGAAAGUUUGGCCAGCAUGCCGGUGGAGGGAAUGAAAACUCUAGGGCUCAGAGGAGUUGAGGAUGAAAAAGAACUGCCAGCUCAUGCUUGCGCAUAUUGCGGAAUACACUCCCCUAGCUGUGUUGUCAAGUGUCUAGGAUGUACAAAAUGGUUUUGUAGCGCUCGGGGGAAUGCGACUUCUUCCCAUAUUGUCAAUCAUCUUGUUCGGGCCCGUCACAAGGAAGUUCAGCUUCAUCCUCUGUCCACGCUGGGAGAUACGGUCCUCGAAUGUUACAACUGCGGUACCAAGAACGUUUUCCUUCUCGGAUUUAUUCCAGCGAAAUCUGAUACGGUAGUCGUUCUACUGUGUCGCCAACCUUGCGCUUCCACUCCGUCUUCGAAGGAUAUGAGUUGGGACAUCUCCCGGUGGCAACCACUUAUCGAAGAUCGUUCAUUCCUACCAUGGUUGGUGUCCGUGCCGACAGACUCUGAACAGCUCCGUGCUCGACAUUUGACGCCACCAAUGAUUGCAAAAUUAGAAGAAAUGUGGAAGGAUAACUCAAGUGCCACUAUUGCCGACCUUGAGAAAGCUGCCGGAAUUGACGACGACCCUGCGCCUGUGCUUUUGAAAUACGACGAUGCGUACCAGUACCAGAAUGUUUUUGGGCCACUUGUCAAGAUUGAAGCAGACUACGAUCGAAAGCUCAAGGAAGCGCAAUCCGAAGAUGGUUUGAUCAUCCGUUGGGAUUAUGGUCUCAACAAUAAGCAUCUUGCAAGCUUCGUCUUGCCGAAAAUCGAGCUUGGCGAUGUAAAACUUGCAGUCGGCGAUGAAAUGCGUCUGAAGUACAAGGGAGAAUUGCGACCUGUCUGGGAAGGUGUUGGCUAUGUUAUCAAGAUCCCAAACAACCAGUCUGACGAGGUCACAAUCGAAUUGCGAAAAGUUGGCAACGACAAAUCAGUACCAACUGAGUGCACCCAUAAUUUCUCUGCCGAUUAUGUUUGGAAGGCGACCUCCUAUGACCGUAUGCAGCUUGCAAUGCGAACCUUUGCAGUUGAUGAAAUGAGUGUGUCUGGGUACAUCUUUCACAAACUCUUGGGUCACGAGGUUGCUGCCGCUCCAAUGAAGAUCCAGAUGCCAAAGAAAUUCAGCGUACCAGGUCUUCCGGAGUUGAAUAGUAGUCAGAUCAACGCAGUCAAGAGCGUGUUGCAAAAGCCACUGAGUCUUAUCCAAGGACCUCCUGGUACUGGAAAGACGGUCACUUCAGCAACAAUCAUUUAUCAUCUAGCCAAAGUGAACGGCGGUCAGGUUCUGGUCUGCGCACCGUCCAAUGUUGCAGUUGAUCAACUUUGUGAGCGCAUUCAUCGAACUGGUCUCAAAGUUGUCCGCCUCACAGCAAAAUCUCGUGAAGAUGUGGAAUCUACGGUUGGGUUCCUGUCUCUACACGAGCAGGUUCGAAUGAACGACAGCAAUCUCGAACUCACCAAAUUGUCUCAACUCAAGGGCGAACUUGGAGAAUUGUCCAGCCAGGAUGAAAAGAAAUUCAAAACACUUACACGAGCUGCCGAACGAGAGAUUCUUAACAGUGCAGAUGUCAUUUGCUGUACUUGUGUUGGUGCUGGAGAUCCACGUUUGGCCAAGAUGAAAUUCAGAACUGUGCUCAUUGACGAGUCUACUCAGUCCGCUGAACCGGAAUGUAUGAUCCCCUUGGUACUUGGCUGCAAACAAGUUGUUCUUGUUGGAGAUCAUCAGCAGUUGGGUCCCGUCAUUAUGAACAAAAAGGCCGCCAAAGCUGGACUCAAUCAAUCGUUGUUUGAGCGACUUGUCAUUCUCGGACUCGCACCAAUUCGCUUGAAUGUGCAGUACCGAAUGCACCCUUGUUUGUCACAAUUUCCAUCGAACAUGUUCUAUGAGGGCUCUCUCCAGAACGGUGUCACAAUGCAGCAGAGGCUCCGUCGCGACGUUGACUUCCCAUGGCCAGUUGGAGAUACACCAAUGAUGUUCUGGUCUAACCUUGGAAACGAAGAAAUUUCUGCAUCUGGUACUUCCUACCUCAAUCGAACCGAAGCGUCCAAUGUUGAAAAGAUUGUCACUCGAUUCUUCAAAGCCGGAGUUCAGCCACAAGACAUUGGAGUUAUCACUCCCUAUGAGGGCCAGCGAAGUUUUGUUGUCAGUUCCAUGCAAAAUACUGGCACAUUCAAAAAGGAAAAUUACAAGGAGAUUGAGGUCGCUUCCGUCGAUGCUUUCCAAGGCCGAGAGAAAGACUUCAUUGUGCUCUCUUGUGUCCGUUCCAACGACCACCAAGGUAUUGGUUUCUUGAGCGAUCCGAGACGUCUGAAUGUCGCUCUGACUCGUGCCAAGUAUGGUCUUGUCAUUCUCGGAAAUCCAAAGGUCUUGUCAAAGCAUCCGCUCUGGCAUUAUUUACUUCUUCAUUUCAAGGAACGCAACUGUUUGGUCGAAGGACCUCUUUCGAAUUUGCAAACGUCCCUUCUUCAGUUCAGCCGACCCAAGACAACCUAUCGUGGCCCACAACGUUACCAAAUGGCACAUUCCUCAUUUAACGGACGCUCCGGCGCACCUGGAAAGGCUCCUCAAGAUUAUGAUGCUGGAUCGAUCAUGAGCUAUAUCCCCGACGAUGUCUCUUCCGUACAUUCAUCGGCUCUUGGAGGUGCAGGAGUUGGUUCCGCUUACCCACAGAUGUUCAACAACUUCAACCCUGACACUUGGCCUGGUCUUGAUCCCCGUGCUCGUCAAAAUGGACAGAAAGCUCGAGGACGUGGACCAGAGAGCGUUACUGGAGAGUCUGUUGCAGCAAGCGAGGUUACCGAUACCACCAGCAGUGUCAUUGAUGGCAAAGGGAUUGGCCAAGGUGGCGUAAGCCUUGGAUCUGGACUUCACGAUGUUGCUCAAAAGCAAACCAGUCUGAGUCAAUCCGAUCGCUUGAAACGCUAUGUCGAAUCCGGUGGUCGUAUUGCAGACUACAAAACUGGUGAUGCCGGUAGCGUAUUCGGUUCAAGCUCAUUGCUCAGUGGCCGACGUCUAGACGAUGACGAGAAAAGUGUUUCGACUGCUUUUGCUAGCCAGAUUGGUGGCGGCUACGACUGA